AGUUCUCUCGCGUUGCGCAGGCGCAUGUCAGUUUAUUGAUUGUGAGUUAAAGUGAUAGUGCUCAACCAAGAUGCGGUUAUAUGUAACCUUUCUCCUGUUGAUGGUGGCAGUUAAUGGAGAAUUUGACAACAAAAGAAAUCUGUUAAGGAAAGAUGCGUCAACAGAAAAUAAUGCUUUGACAAAACGUGCACCGGCGCUGUCUACAGUGAGCUCGCCUGCGAACGCGGGCGUAGAAUAUGCAGAUACGAAACAGCAGCUUGCAGACAAGUCUCCCUCUCAGCGUGAGUACGCGACGCCAGCGCCGCAGUUCUCCAAGUUCUCCGACUUGCUGGCGGGGCAGGCACCCUCCUACCAGGCCGCAAUCGCCAGCCAGCUCUUUUCCCCCGUCUCCGUGUACCAGCCUCGCGUAUGUAUUAAAAGUUCAUAAACGAAGUCAAAAAUAAAGGAGACUUGAUUGAUUUAACGGUUAACCUGAUUUAAAUAUUAAUUUCAACAUAUAUUUUUUCAGACUGGAACACCAACAACAUAUGAAGUGUCUGCCCCUGUGCCGUCGCAGCUGGCUUACAGUGAGCAUUUCCAGCAGCCCAACUUGCAGUACAACCCUCAAGUAUACAAUGCAAAAUUAUCCACACAACCAGAGAUUUCACAGCAGGAAGUCUUAGCCCAGACUCAACAGAUAUACGAUCAGCAGUCCUUGCAACAAGCGUAUCAACAGCAACCAGCAUAUCAACAACCUUUGCAACAAACGUACCAACAGUUGCCCCAAACAAUACAAGCUCAGGCGCAGCCGUUAAAUUACAAUCAAAUAUCACCAGCCCAGUAUUCAGCGCAUCAGAAUAAACAAUUAGAGAACCAACCUGCUCUACAAGCGCUCCAGUAUCAGCAGUCGCCUAAAACAUUCUACUCAGACAAUCAACAGAGUUUGCUCGCGGGCCAGUAUAACUUGGCACCUCAGCAGUAUUAUUCGGAAGGUCAGCAGCAGUAUCAGCAGCCCUACGUACAGGAGCAACCGGCCCAGAAUGUCCAGUACAUUCAGCCGGCAGUCACGUACCGACAGGACGACACUCAGCAGAAAGUGUUCAGUCAACCCGCACUGAGCAGCGUCCUUGAGAGACAACAGUUUGCGCCACAGAACUAUCAGACACAACCUCAGGGUCCGGUGAGCUUCACGAAAUUCUCUCAAGAUCAAGCUCAGUCUGUCGUACAUCAUCCGUUAUAUCAGCAGAACGUUCAGCAAGCGCCUUCCCAAGGAGUGUCAGGCCAUGAGAAUCUCUCGUACUUCAGAUCUGGUCCUCAACUUCAAAUUCAACCCCAAUUAUUAGCACAAAACCAGCCUCAGUCGUACCAACCACAAGUUCAGUAUUCAAAACCUAAUCCCGGGUACAAAGAUCAAUCAGUAGCGGCCGCUCCCACAUUCCCAGCUGUGCAAUAUUUCGGAAAAUAUGCACAAUCCAUUUUCAAUAAAAACCAACAAUGAUAGAGUAUAACUAAACUAAGUUAUGGUAGUAGUAAAAUUAUGAUAUUAUUGUUUCUAAGAACUUAUAUGAAAGUGUACAUAAAUUUCUGUCAUAAAUAAUUUUAAUAUAAAUUAUGUGAAAGUAUUUAGAUAGAAACACUAUUAUGUACUUAAUGUAAAAUCUUAUUAUGACAAAUCAUCACCUUACAUCAUCUCCAAUCAUCACAUCUACCACUUACAUAUAUACAAACCUCAUCAAUAUUUUAUCAAUUCAUAAAUAACAAUUUGAAUAGCAUAAUAUUAUCAUC